GGAGUCGCUUCUGUUAACCCUGCGGACAGCAGUCUUCCGAGGGAGACCCCCAUUCUGACCGAUCCUCCUACUUCAGACCUUCUGGGGGCUCAUCCAGCAUGGCCGGGGAGCCAGCACUAGAGGAAAGGGAGACUUUCUCCCGGCUCCCUUGUCUCUCCUGCGGCUCUGACAGCCAGGAACGUGGAGGAGGAGAGGGAUCUUAAGUGGGAACCCGGCCACUGAGUCCCAGUCUGCUGCCACGAAGGGUUAUAGCCAUGGACUUCACCUUGGAGGACUGGGAGCAGCUGGGGCUGGACCAAGGGGACCUGUUCUGGGACACGGCAUUGGACAACUACCAGAACCUUUUCCUGUUGAACCCCUGCAAACCCAAACUGACCUCCUAUCCGGAUGGCGGCAAAGAGCUGGAGGCCGUGGUCAGAGAAAGCCCCAAAUCAGAGGGCCUUGCUCCUUACUUUUCACCUCGGGGCACAGGAGACGUCAGCACGUUACCUCCCUCAGACAUGGUUGAAGUCAAGAACUGUCCUCUGGCACAAGACUUUGCAGAAGAAGGACUCUCCCAGGAGAUCAUGGAGACGUUGUCCAAGGAUGGCCUCUGGAACUCCAGUCUGGGGAAAGCCUGUGUAGGUGAGAGUUGGUUAGAUAGUUUGCUAGGAGAUCCAGAAAGUCUUCUGAAGUCUGACGUUGCUGCCAGCAAGGAAAGUCCCGCAGAAUGCAGGAGUCACGAACUCCAGAGAGACCUCGGUCCUGAGUCCCUCCUUUCCAUGGGAGAGGAUUCUGUGAUGCACAGUCUUCCUGAAGAGAGCCCAGCACCAGCUGAGUCUCAGGAACAUGGGCAAGACUUUAGCUGUGACUUAGACCAGAGCCAGCAGGAUUCUGUCCAAGGAGGCAAGAAACUGUACAUGUGCAGUGAAUGUGGGAAGACGUUCAGUCAGAGUUCCCAUCUGAUCCAGCACUGGAUCAUUCACUCGAGGAACGAAUCCGCUGUGCAUCAGGAGCAUGAGGAAGGUUUCAGCCAGACGUCUUGCCUCUUUGUGCCCCUGACGGCUCGCACAGGCUACAAAUCCUGUGCGCAUAACACGUGCGGAGAAACCUGUGGCCAGAACGCACACCUGUGGCAUCAGAAAAUUCACACUGGAGAAGAACCACGUAAGGACGAAGGCAGCGACCCUCCAUCGGGCCUCAGCGUACAGCCUGCCGAGCACCAGGAACCCCACACAGGCGGUCAGCCCUCCGGAGGUGACGAGGGUGGCGAGGGUUUCAGCCAACUGUUUCAUCUCACCCAGCACCAGAAGACCCACACCCUGAAACGUGAUGAGUGUGCCGAGUGCAAGGCGACCUUCACCUUCAGCAAAUACCUCCUCCAACAUCAGAAAAUCCAUGCUACGAAAACUCCCUCCGAGAAUCAGGAGUGUGGGGAGGCCUCUGGGCCCAGCAUGCUGCUCAGCGAACAGCAGUCCAUUCACACUGGAGAAAAGCCUUAUGAGUGUGAUCAGUGUGGGAGGCUCUUCAGGAAUAUCUCGACCCUAAAGGUCCACCAGAGGGUUCACAGUGGGGAGAAGCCUUACAAAUGCAAUGAGUGUGGGAAAGCCUUUUACCGGAGCACUCACCUUAAUGAACAUCAGAGGAUUCACACCGGCUACAGGCCCUACAAGUGUGAUCAGUGCGUCAAGAGUUUCAGCCGGCCCUCCCACCUGAUUCGACACCAGUCCAUUCACACCGCAGGAAAGUCCUUCUGCUGUGCCAGAUGCAAGAAAACCUUCAGCCAUCAAGAAUACCUCAUCCAACACCAGAAAAUGCACGAUAAGGAAACCCUCCAUGAGUGUCAGGAGUGUGGCGAGAGCUUCUUCUCCAGCUCCACCCUAGCAUGCCACCAGAGCGUUCACACCAGAGAAAAAGAAGGACUUGGUGAGAGCGGAAAUACCUUGGAUCAGGAUUCAGAACGGAGAGAACAUCCAGGGAGUGGCGAGAAGCACUUUACAUGUAACAAAUGCGAGAAAACCCAGCACGAGAGGGUUCACACCAGAGUGAAGCCCUUUGAGUGUGACCAGUGUGGAAGAGCCUUUAGCAAAAAUACACAGCUCAUUUGCCACCAGAACAUCCACUCUCCAGCAAGGCCGUAUGAAUGUGGGGACUGUGGGAAGGCCUCCAUCCACAGCAUUGCCCUCGCCAAACAUCAGUCCGCCCACAAGAGCAAGUACACCUUUAUGUGUAGUGAAUGUGGAAAGACCUUUAGCCAAAGUGCACACCUCUCAGAACAUCAGUCAACUCAUGCUGAGGAAAAGAAACUCUUUAAAUGUAGCAAGUGUGACAAAACCUUUGCCCAAGGUAACUGCCCUACUCAGCCUCAGGGAGCUCACGCUGGAAAACAGUCCUUUGAGUGUGAUGAAUGCAGAAAAUCACUCCAUUUGAAUUCGUGCCUUUCUAAGCAUCAGAGAGAUCACACAGGUGAGAAACCCCACAAAUGCAGUGACUGUGAGAAAACCUUCAGCAAGAGUGCUCAACUUCUUCAACACCGGAGAGUUCACACCAGAGAAAAGCCUUUUGUUUGUGAAAAAUGUGGGAAAGCCUUCCGUCAGAGCUCAUGCCUUUCUGUUCACCAGCGAAUUCACACUGGAGAAAAGCCUUAUGUUUGUCAGGAAUGCGGGAAAGCCUUUAGCCAGAGCUCAUGCCUUUCUGUUCAUCGGAGGGUUCACACCGGGGAGAAGCCUUUUGUGUGUACUGAAUGUGGGAAAGCCUUUUCCCAGAAAGCAAAUCUGAUGCACCAUGAGAGAACUCACACUGGGGAGAAGCCUUAUGCCUGCAGGGUGUGUGGGAAAGCAUUUAGCCUCAGCACCCAUCUCAGUCAGCACCAAAGGGUUCACACCCAAGAGGAACUAGCAACAUCAGUGGUGGCAGAAAGCCCUCUGCUGCAGGUCUCAGUAGACAUGGGCAAGUUCAUACUCGAUGGUAACAAGGAGUUACUUAGCAGUACGUAACAAGUAGCAAUACUACCGGGUCCCAGCAGCAGCAACAGGGUCCCAGACAUCUAAACACAUUCAUCUGAGCCCUAAAGUUGAAACCGUCACACUGUAAGCUCCUUCCCCACCAAAUAAAUACACCGCUUUAUUAACAAGGAGCA